CAGCCCUGGCAGCCUGCGAUGAGCAGGCAGCACUCGCAGGAGGAGACAGGCAGGGCAUUACCCUGGCAGGCUGAGCCCCGCUCUGCGUGGGCAGCUGCCAGGGCGUGCCGGGGGCCGCUGCAGGGCAGCUCACAGCAGCACUUCUAGUGGGGACACGGAGCAGAAUGGCAGAAAUGGCCCAAGUAACUUGGCCUUUCUUCUCGCUUCUCUUGCAGAUGGAGAAGAAGCCGCAAGACAUCAAGACACUGCCUCACCGUGGGGUGAGGCAGGCCGAGAGAAUCCAGCUGCCAGCCCUGCCGCCUUUGCCAAGGCAGGCAGCGACUCAGGCAGCAGCACCCAAGCAAGUGCCUAAAGCAGAGACAUCAUCAUCUGAAAAGGCCACUUGCAAGCUGCCCCCUCUGCAAGCAGCAGCCUCUGCUUCUUCAGGGGGAGGAAGGGCAAAGUCAUUGGGAACAGAGGCCCGCAGCCAGCAAGAGCUUUUGCCACCUCUUCCCUGCAUCUCUGGCAACAGGGACAGAGCAGUGAGGGCAGAGAGGCGGGAACGUGGCCCACACAGCCCUGUGGCCCCUGACGAGGACAUGGGCAAUGCAAUACGGUCCUUUGUGUCCACCGUCAUAACAAACGCUGUAGCCUGCAACGAGGGAGCCAGCAGCAAGGCAAGGCUUUCUCCCUCAAGCAGAGUUCCCAGGACCAAAGGCCCCAGAACACCACCUCUCACCACAGCAGCGGCCCAAAACUGGAAGAGUCGGCACUCGUCCAAAAGCAGCCUUGCAUCCCCUGACGAAGAAAUGGAAGACCGAAUAAAGGCCUUUGUCUCCACUGCAAUAAGAAAUGGCCUUGCCUGGAACCAGGGAGCCAUGAGGGAGGCAAGGCUUCCUCCCGUGGGCAGACCUCCCACGAGCAAAGGACACAGAACACCACCUCAGCCCGCAACUGGGCCCCAGAAUUUAAAGAAGAGCUGGCACCCUGCCCCACACAGCCCUGCAGACUCUUGCACGGCACUGCAGGACACAGCACACUCCCGCGUGUCUGAAGUGCUGCAGAAGACGCAAAAAAGCUGGGAACACGGCCAACGAUCAGCAGCACUUGGGGACCUGGCACAAACGGGGUGCAAAUUGAGAGCAACAAGUUCAGCCGGGGUCCAGACAGACCUGGAGAGGACGUGGACGACUUCUCUGCCAGGGCCUGAUUCCCGGGUAUGCGCAGGAGCAAGGGCUUCCAGCAGAGACCCUGCAGCAGCUAGCCCAGGCCAGGGUAAGAAGAAAAAACAACAGAGAGAGAAACACAUCAAACCCAGGCAGGGGACAGGCAACGAGGGGACAAGCCAAGGCCGGGGCAAGAAAGAGAGCAGUCCUGGGGGAUGCGAUGAAGAGGAGGUCGUCAUCAUCAACUCCUGGAUCAACCCCAGGUUCGCCAGCCUCUUCACAGACGCACAGGACGUUCCCCAGGAAGAGGGCAGCGCAGCCAGCAGUGUGGACAGGGAGGCAGCACAAGAAGCAGAACACCCAGCAAGCGCCUCUCCUGGCUCGCUGCAAACCACGGACACUGUCCCAUCAGCUGCUCCCCAGGAAGAAAUUCCUGGGGAAGAGAGGCACAGCACGCCUCUCACCACAACAACAGCAGCACAGAGCAGGCCAGCAAGUCCUCCAGCAGCCCCUGCUCUGGAAGAUGAGGGACACAGGACGCCUCCCCUGACACGUGGGGCUCCACAGUCAAAACCAUCGGCCUCUCCAAGCCCCAGUGAGCACAGCACUGCGGUGAUGGUUGAGAGCCAGGGACGUGCCCGACAUGCCUCCAGUGCCUGUGAUGACGAGCUGGAUGAACGAGUCAAGACCAUCGUUUCCACAGUCAUACGCCGUGCUGAAGCCAUGAGCCAGGGAGCCGUGAGCAAGGCAGCAAGUGCUCCCUCGGCCACAGGACCCAGCGUGCCUCCUCCCACAGCAGAGCCUGCAGACUCUACAUCCUCAGCAUCUGCCUUGGCUGGAGCACUGGGGGACUUGGCACACACGGGGAGCACAGGGAGAGCAACGAGAUCAGCCGGGGUCCAGACAGACCUGGAGAGGAGGCGGACCACUGCUCUGCCAGGGCCUGAUUCCCGGGUAUGCGCAGGAGCAAGGGCUUCCAGCAGAGACCCUGCAGCAGCUAGCCCAGGCCAGGGUAAGAAGAAAAAACAGAGAGAGAAACACGUCAAACCCAGGCAGGGGACAGGAAACGAGGGGACAAGCCAAGGCCGGGGCAAGAAAGAGAGCAGUCCUGGGGGAUGCGAUGAAGAGGAGGAGAUCGUCAUCAUCAACUCCUGGAUCAACCCCAGGUUCGCCAGCCUCUUCACAGACGCACAGGACGUUCCGCAGGAAGAGGGCAGCGCAGCCAGCAGUGUGGAAAGGGAGGCAGCACAAGAAGCAGAACACCCAGCAAGCGCCUCUCCUGGCUCGCUGCAAACCACGGACACUGUCCCAUCAGCUGCUCCCCAGGAAGAAAUUCCUGGGGAAGAGAGGCACAGCACGCCUCUCACCACAACAACACCGGCACAGAGCAGGCCAGCAAGUCCUCCAGCAGCCCCUGCUCUGGAAGAUGAGGGACACAGGACGCCUCCCCUGACACGUGGGGCUCCACAGUCAAAACCAUCGGCCUCUCCAAGCCCCAGCGAGCACAGCGCUGCCGUGAUGGUGGAGAGCCAGGGACGUGCCCGACAUGCCUGCAGUGUCUCUGAUGAAGAGCUGGAUGAAAGAGUUGACACCAUCGUGGCUGCAGUCCUACUCCACUCUGUAGCCAUCAUCCAGGGAGCGGGAGCCCCAAGCAAGGCAGCAAGUGCUCCCUGGGUCACAGUGCCCAGGGUGCCUCCUCCCACACCAGAGCCUGCAGAAUGUACAUCCUCGGCCUCUGCCUUGGCCAGAGGCCCUGUGGGGGAGGCCAAUGAAGCCCCUCUCGCUGCAGCAGCAAUGCCACAAGAAGAAGGUGGAGAAGGGGCUUCUCCUUUGGCUGCAGAGCCUCUCCGGGAGGCCAUCACAGAUCUCCGCCCAGCAGCAGCUGACGAAGCAGGAGCAGCAGCCACUCCCUUGGUUCCUGGGCACCAGGUGGCCAUCGAGCAGGGAGGCCAAGCGCAGUCCUCCUCCUGCACCAAAGAUACGCCAGCGGAUGAGCCAGCAACAUCCCAGACACAAGCGCCGUCCCAGGAUCUGUUGGCCGGGCCUGUUCAGCGCAGCGAGCAGCACCAAGCACAAGGCACCCUUGACCUCGCACAAGCCCCGGCGCGCCAGCCACGGCCCUCCCGCAUCAGGAGGGCACUUCGCGCGCUGCGCAGGGCUUUCCGCUGCAGCUGCAUCGCAGGACAGCGAGAGUAGCCGCGCCCGGCUGUGCCAGUCCCAGGAGGAUGCUCGGAGCUGGCAGCUGGCCCUCAGGAAGCUUUGCAGCACCCACGGAAGCAUCACUGCGAGGCACAGGACAGCGCCCCAGGAAUUCAGAUGCCCCACCACAUCCUGCCCCCAGCCUCAGCUCAGCUGCGGCUGCUUUCUGCUCUGAAUAAAAGCUCAGGCAGACUUUUGCCCCCAGUGCUCCUCUCUGUGCCAUUGAUCUCAGGAGAAAGAGCGGUGCAGGCCAUGCCAACCCGGGGCCUCUCACAGUCAGAGAAGUACAGAAUCAUAGAAUCUACCACUGAACCGUGUCCCUCGGCACCAGAUCUACACGGCUUUCGAAUGCCUCCAGGGAUGGUGACUCAACUACUUCCCUGGGCAGCCUGUUCCAAUGCUUCACAACCCUUUUGUUGAAGACUUUUUGCCUAAACCUAAACCUAAAUCCACCUAAACCUCCCGCGGCCCCACUUUUUCCUCUUCUCCUACCGCCUGUUGCUUGGGAGAUGGGACUGACCCCCACCGCACUACAACCUUCUCUGAGGUCCUUGUACACAGUGAUAAGGUCUCCCCCAAGCCUCCUUUCCUCUAGGCUACAUAACCCCAGCUCCCUCAGCACUCCUCACACGACUUGCUCCCUGGGCCCUUCGGCUGCUCCUUUCCCCUUCCUUGGACAUGCUCCAGGACCUCCACGUCCUUCCUGCAGUGAGGGCCCCAAAACUGAACAGGGUAUUCAUGGCGCGACCUCACCAGAGCUGAGUACAGGGGGAGAAUCAGGUUCACAAACCACGCGAUGCUUACUACUACGCCAUAUAUGUACAAUUUUAUUUGACCAACCUUUAUUUUCCCCUUUUCCUUUUUUUUUUUUUAAUUAUUUUUUUCUUCAUCUCUCGUGACCAGAAUGCCCGUGAUUUAUUUAUUUAUUUAUUUGUUUGUUACUGAUUUUUGCCCUGAUUCUCCUGCUUUUCUUAGCUAUCCUCCUCAUUUUGCGACUGUGGGACAUUCCCCUUAUCUGCUUAAAAUACUUCACCUGGUAUGCUACUGCCAUGCCCGCACAAUCCCUUUUGAAAAUGCAAGGUUAGUGGAAUUUUCCACUGCAAGAACCUGACGUGCUGUCAGCAGCCUGCAAGCUCUCCUGACGUGCUGUCAGCAGCCUGCAAGCACACAAGGGGAGGAAGUGCUGCAACAGCCGGUGCUCACCAAGCAGCUGCCCGGCAAGGAAAAGACAGUCAGUAGGACAUGUGUCAGGACACUUUUCCUGCCGAUGCGGCCAAAUUCACCUGAGAAAGAAACGGGAAAAGUCUCUUUCUUUCUUAUGUGGGACUCCGGGAAGACAGGCAAAGUUCUCCGAGAGCUGAAAAGUGGGCUUCUUUACCUGGAGGAGCUCAAAGCAAAAAACAAGAGCAGCCCCACUUUAAUAAGGAAGGAGGCACCCAGCCCAGGUACUAAGACACGCUGAAAAGCAAGAAAGGAGGAACAGUAUUUAAGCAUUUCUGGCACUGGAAAUGCAGCGCGGGGCUUCCCCAACAAAGAAGAUGGGCCCUUGUGCUUUGGCCACUGCUCAUGGGAAGGUGCCAGAUGGCGUCACUGCGGAGAGCCCUGGAGAUGGCCUCAGUGUCUGGGAGCUUCCCAGCUCCCUCCUUUUUGCCCCCUACAGAAGAGCUGGGCUAGGAAGAGCACAGCCAACACCCUCAGCUCAGGAAAAACCCUCCACGGGGUUCCCAACUAAUAGGGAAAGCCUUGAGAACCGGCUCUGGCUACAUGCUGGCUUGCCCACUCGGGCCACAGGCAACGCACAAGCGCCAGGCAGUACGCAUCCCGUCCUUCUGCUGGAGCUGGGCUCUUCUGUUGUGCAUAUUGCCAGAGCAGCAAGGGGCCCCUGGCACACCUGCACUUUGCAGGCUACCGCUGGGGCAUUUCUUCUGCUUGAGGAGGCGGGCUGUGGGGUGGCAGCUGCAGGAGGGAGCAGGCUACGAGGGCAGGACGAGGCUGCAAAGCCCACCUUGUUCAGUGCGAACUGCCUGUGCACGUGGUGGGGUAUUGCAUCCCCAACGUGCCCAGCCCCUGGAAAGCAAAUGCCCCAAAUCCCCUUUCAGCCGUGCCCUGGGGACGGCAACAAGGCCGCCAAUGCCAUGCUGCAGGCUGGCACGGCCUGCAGAUGCCAGGCUGCCAAGCCCAACGUGCGGCCGCCACGCAGGCGCCAGCUGCCAGAGGCUGCAGGAAGGUUCCAGAAGCAGCGGCAGCAGCCCGCGCAGGGGCAGCCGCGAGUGCAGGAGCCGCUCCUGGGCUCUGGGCUCAGCGGCAGACGCCUGCCCCUGCAGGGAACGAGGCCCACCCAGAGCCUGCCCAGCGGCAUGGGCCUGCCCAGACAUCCU